AGUCUUACACCAAUCAAAAUGAAUACACUGUAGACAAUAGCCAUUCUGUAAAAGAACAAAAAUAUAUACCGAUCCUUGGACUGGAGCAUCAAUUCUCCCCUUGUUUGCUGCUGCUCCUCUCUAUCAACACUGAGCUUUGUCACUUGUUGCUUUUGUUUUUUGAACAUGGGAACUAAAUCUAGCGCUCUUUGGAUCAGUUUUGUCCUUUUACUCCCUGUGGUUUUUUCUCUGCAUAAUGAUGCAUUGGUUAGAGUCGGAUUAAAAAAGAAGAAAUUUGAUCAAGUUAAUAUUCCAGCUGGAACUGUUGACUUUAAAGAAGGGGAAGCAAUGAGAGCUGCUACUAAAAAGUAUAAUCUUGUUGAGAACUCUGAUGAUGUUGAUAUUGUUGAACUGAAAAACUACUUGGAUGCUCAGUAUUAUGGUGAAAUAGCUAUUGGUACACCUCCCCAGACUUUCACCGUGAUUUUUGACACUGGAAGUUCCAAUCUUUGGAUUCCCUCCUCUAAAUGUUAUUUCUCGGUUGCUUGCUAUUUCCAUUCCAAGUACAAGGCCAGCGAAUCAAGUACCUAUCAGAAGAAUGGUACCUCUGCUGCAAUCCGCUAUGGAACUGGUUCAAUUUCCGGCUUCUUUAGCCAGGACAAUGUCAAAGUUGGUGAUCUUGUUAUUAGGAAUCAGGAUUUUAUUGAAGCCACAAAAGAGCCAGGAGUCACAUUCUUGGCUGCGAAGUUUGAUGGUAUACUUGGACUUGGCUUCCAAGAGAUCUCAGUUGGGAAAGCCAUUCCAGUUUGGUAUAAUAUGGUUAAUGAAGGUCUCGUCAAGGAACAAGUUUUUUCAUUUUGGUUAAAUCGCAAUGUUCAAGCAGAAGAAGGGGGAGAAAUUGUAUUUGGAGGGAUGGAUCCUAAUCACUACAAGGGUCAACACACGUAUGUUCCUGUUACUCAAAAAGGAUACUGGCAGUUUGAUAUGGGCGAAGUAUUAAUUGGCAAUGAAAUAACUGGAUUAUGUGCUGAUGGAUGUAAAGCAAUUGCUGAUUCUGGAACAUCUUUGCUAGCUGGCCCAACGACUGUGAUCACUCAAAUAAAUCAUGCCAUUGGAGCCUCCGGUAUUGUAAGCCAAGAAUGCAAGACAGUGGUUGAACAAUAUGGAAAGUUCAUUCUAGAAAUGCUAACAGCUCAGCAGGCACAACCACAGAAGAUAUGCUCUCAAAUUGGAUUUUGUACUUUUGAUGGGACUCAGGGUGUUAGCACAAACAUUGAGAGUGUGGUGGAUAAAAGCAAAGAGACAGCAUCUGAUGGUCUGCAACAAGAUUCUGCAUGCACUGUUUGUGAGAUGAUUGUUGUAUGGAUGCAAAAUCGUUUGAGGUUAAAUGAGACAGUAGAUCAGAUCCUGAAUUAUGUGAAUAAACUAUGUGACCGAUUGCCCAGUCCAAAUGGAGAAUCAGCAGUUGACUGUAGCAGUCUAUCUUCCAUGCCUAUCGUCUCAUUCACAAUUGGUGGUAAAGCUUUCAAACUUACAGCAGACCAGUAUGUUCUUAAAGUAGGAGAAGGAGUUUCGGCUCAAUGCAUUAGUGGAUUUAUUGCUUUAGAUGUGGCCCCCCCUCGCGGUCCUCUUUGGAUUUUGGGAGAUAUAUUCAUGGGCGUCUAUCACACAGUGUUUGACUAUGGAAAUUCAAGAGUUGGAUUUGCAGAAGCAGCCUAAAUGAAAAACCAUCUUCUGGUGACCAAUGUCUUCCACUGCAAUACCCUUGUUGUGUAUAUUUUGGUGUUAUAAUACUCUUACUUUACGCUAGAUACUUACUUUCUUGUACUUAUUUUGGUUAAUGUAUGUCAUGCAAUGCUACAAGUGUUCCUAAAACCACUAUAAUACAUGCUGAAGUUUUAUAGAA